AUGGCGGAUACUAAAAAUAUUGCUGUUCUGGACUCCUCAAUAGUCGACCGCCUCCCCGCCUCCUCCUCCACCCUCUUCGCCGCCAAAGCCUCCAAACGCCUAACCUUUGAAUCGAUCGCCUCCUCUCUCGGACGCAGCGAAGUCGCCGUCGCAGCGCUCUUCUAUGGCCAAGCGCAAGCGAGUGUUGAGGAUGUGAAGAAGCUGGCGGAGAUACUGGAUGUGGAUGAGAAGAAAUUGGGAGAACAGCUGUUGGGUUUUCCGGAUAGAGGGAGGGCGGGUCCGAUGCCGCCGGUGGAGCCGUUGAUUUAUAGGUUGUAUGAGGUGGUGCAGAAUUACGGGUAUGCGUAUAAAGCCAUCUUGAACGAGAAGUUCGGCGAUGGUAUCAUGUCUGCAAUCUCGUUUAGCACGAAGGUCGAUAAGGAGAUUGAUGAGCAGGGGAAUGCCUGGGCGGUUAUUACAAUGAGGGGAAAGUGGUUGCCAUUUACUCGAUUCUAG